UAAAGUAUCAGCACCAUUUUAUACCAUUGAUCUCCUUGUUUCUUUUGUAAUUUCAAUAAAAAAAAAAAAGGGGGGGGGUUCUAUCAGAUGAUUGGGAUCUUCAAAAAAGAGAAAGAAAUGAAUAGUGCUUGUCUGGUGUCUUCUAUAAUUCUUAAUCUUUUGUUUAUUAUCAAUAUUUAUAUGGGUGGUCAACGGAAAUUGAGUUGGAGCAGAAGAGCUGCAGAAGAAGCUGAAGCUGUGGCAGCUAUAUCCUGUUCAGGACAUGGAAGAGCUUACUUGGAUGGCUUGGUUGUCGAUGGAAAUAAACCAGUUUGUGAAUGCAAUACAUGCUUUACAGGCCCUGACUGCUCUCAGUUUAUACCUGACUGCACAGCAAAUGCUGAGAGUGGGGAUCCAUUAUUUUUGGAACCUUUCUGGAUGCAGCAUUUAGCUAGUAGUGCACUGGUAGUAGCAGGGUGGCACCAAAUGAGCUACAGCUAUAAUGAUAAAACUUUUAUCUCAAAAGAGCUAGAAAAGCUCAUCCGCAAAGUGCAUGCAAUUGUAGGGAAUGCAGUCACAGAAGACAGAUUUAUUGUUUUUGGUGCAGGUUCAACCCAAGUCCUCAUUGCUGCAGCUUAUGCGCUGUCCCUCGAAAAUACAUCCUCACCUGUAGGAGUUGUAGCUUCAGUCCCUUACUACACGCUCGACAAACUACAACCAGAAUAUUUUAAUUCAGAAAAAUUCAAGUUUGAAGGAGAUGCUUAUACAUGGAGGAAUAGAUCAGAUGCUAGAGCAAAUAUGAUUGAGUUCGUAACUUCACCAAACAAUCCUGAUGGACAAUUAAAGAAAGCGGUUCUUCAUGGACCUAAUGUCAAAACAAUCCAUGAUCAUGCAUAUUACUGGCCACAUUUUACACCAAUUCCAGCUCCUGCAGAUGAAGAUCUGAUGGUUUUUACACUUUCCAAGCUUACUGGUCAUGCUGGGAGCAGAUUUGGGUGGGCAGUGAUAAAGGAUGAAACUGUGUUUAACAGAAUGAUAGCACACAUGGAGCUAAAUUCGAUGGGUGUUUCUAAAGAUAGUCAGUUGAGAACUUUUAAGCUUUUGAAAGCAGCCCUAGAAGAAGGAACUGAAAUAUUUGACUUCGCAUACCAGACAAUGAAGACCAGGUGGGAAAGAUUGAUCGAGACCUUAUCCUUGUCAAACCGCUUCUCUCUUCAGAAAAUUGAUCCCCAGUACUGCACCUUUUACAACAAAGUCAGAGAACCUUCACCAGCUUAUGCAUGGUUGAAAUGUGAGAGAGAAGAAGAUAAAGAUUGUAAUGCAGUGCUCAUGGCAGCUAAUAUCAUUGGCCGUCAAGGAAGUAGGUUUGGUACAGAAGAUUGCUAUGUUCGACUCAGCCUGAUCCGAAGCCAAGAUGAUUUCAAUAUAUUAAUGGAACGAUUAAACAAACUAGUAGCAGAGGAAGACGGUGCUAAAACUAUGUGAAGAAUGAGAUCAACAUUUGUUGAUCAAAAGCUUCCAACACUUCUGUAAUGACUUGUGUUACAGCAACAUAAAGAGGUCAAGUAGUCCAUUUACCUUCUUUAUCACUCUUUAGAGUGGGCAAGGGUUCAUGUCAAUUGAACUCUUAGACUUGAAUUCUUUAUAGAAUGGUCAAGUCUUUGACCUGAUAUAUAUAUACGUGUGUGGAUGCAUAAUGCAAUAUUCCAUUGAUCAAACUUGAGAAUAUUUACCGUAAGUAUGGAUAUGCAUAUUCUUAAUUAGAUUGACAUGUUAUCAUGCAAAAAUCAAGGAAAAAAUAAUCUCUUUGAAGCUCAAACAUAACUGCUCUAGUCCUUUUUAUUGCUUCUGUUAAACACCUUAUGUUUUGUUUUCCUAACUGCUCUAGUCAUCGAGUAGGGACUCAAUUCUCUGGGUUUGCAAAAAUCCCCUCACACAUGUUAACAUGAUUCUUUCAUCCUGUCCAAACAAAUUUAUCUUAAUUUCUAACCGAAUUGAUCUUUUCUUUUUAUAAAGUUUACUCGAUAUUUAAUCUCUUCCAUUUUAACCAUCUUG